GUUAAUAAUAGAGAAAUGUAGUGCACUGGAGAGUGGAAACAUAACUCACACAAAGGAAGAUGCACACAUACAGAAUGCUAAUCUUAAACACUCAAACAUCUUCAUAUGACUGAUUACACACUGUUACUGACCAGAGGCUUAUUUAUGUGUUUGAAAUUUGAAAGCAUUUGUAUUGUGUCUAUGAAGUUCACACAUAUUUCAGACACACUUCCUGUUCAGCUCUUUCUCACACAGAUAGAAGGGGAAGUGGGUGCAGCGUCACUUUAUGGGUAAGACACAGAUGAAGACACGACACAUUCACAGAGCAGAACGAGGCAGUAACAGUGUGUAACAGAACAGGAGCUUUAAUAUCUUUCUGAAGUUAAUAUCUUAGCAGAGUUGGUGUAGAGAUCUGUAAGAGUGAACUCAGGAUGAAGAUCCUCCUCAUCUUCACCUUCUGUCUGAUCUCAGAUGGAGGAGCCUCAAAGGAAGUAACAGCAUAUUCAGGAGGAGGAAUCCUUAUCAAGUGCAAGUAUGAUACAGAAUACAAAGAUAAACAAAAAUAUUUCUGUAAGGGUUCAAUGCCAAGCUGUACUGGCCAAAUAAAGUCAGGAGAUAAAAACCAGUGGGUAAAUUCAGGAAGAUUCUCACUGUUUGAUGACACCAAAUCAUCAGAGUUCUGGGUGAUGAUCAGAGAGCUCACUGUACAGGACACUGGGACGUAUCAGUGUGGAGUUGAUAGAACUUUAGUGAAAGACAUUUACACACCGGUGGAACUGAAGGUAAAGGAAGAUCUGUCCUAUGAAAAGUCCUACAGUAAGACUGUCCAUGUAGGAGGACAUUUAACUGUCAGAUGUAAAUACCCACAAUCCCUCAGGAGUGACCCCAAGUUUCUCUGUGGGGGGAGGAUGCAAGAUUUUGCUUGUUUUUAUAAGGAAUCUGUUAAAGAUAAUAAAAAAUAUUUAAUUACUGAGAAAAUGGCCCUGUAUGAUGACAGAGAAAAACAAAUCUUCAAUGUGAGUAUUAGAGAUGUAACUAAGCAGGACUCUGAAUACUGGUGUGGAGCUGAGAAAGCCUGGACAUCUGAUCAUGGAUACAAGGUUUAUUUCAUGCGGAUCAACCUGACAGUCACUGAUCCAUAUAUCCCAGUUUCAACUUCAAAGCCAACCCGCCCUUUAUCAUCAUCAUCAUCAUCUUCAUCAUCCCCACUUCUUCAUCUCACAGAUAUAAACAAAUCCUGGACUACUCCAGCUUCUCCUCCAGCAGGAUUUCCAGCUUCCACUGUUAUCACUGUGUCUGUAAUUCUGCUGCUGCUUCUGAUUGGAACCAUAAUCCUCACUGUGGUUUUACAAAAGAAUUGCAGUUUGCAAGCAGCAGCAGCUUCUGUUGGCAGGCAUUGUGAUGAAGAAUCAGGAAAUGACCAGAGGAUUUUCUUACAGUGUGACUAUGAAGAAAUAAAAUAUGCUGAAAGUCUGAUUUACACAACAGUGAUUUUUUACAGCAAUGCCACUAAUGAUGCAGCUACAAUCAUUAAUGAUGAUGUGUUGUGUGACUAUACUUCAGUCACUUACACUGCUGUAUGUGGAUAGAUUAUUGGAUCAUUAACUUGUAUUAUGUUCAUCAAUAAUAAAUUAAGGAUUUG